AGGCGAGUUUCCAUGUGCUUUUUUUUUUUUUUUUUUUAAUCAGGUUUAAUACAGGCUGCGUAAAGUCGGCUGCUGAGAGCACGCGUUUCUGCCAAAACGGAAUAACGUUGGCACUGAGAGAGACCAAAUCUGUCUGUACACACGGCUGUCUGAGGAGGGACGAUGGAAGGCCAAAAUGGAAAAAGCUGUCCAAUUCAGAAGAAUGAUGGAGAAAAAGGAGUCAUACAACCAUUAACUUAUUUGAUCCGAUGUUAAUGAAUUCAACAACCGCGACAUGGUACACAGCUGUGGAGUACAAAGUUGGAAAGGAGCUGGUGAAACAGUCACAUUUGUAAAGCAUGAUGAGGAAACAAAGGUGAACAUUCUUUGGAUCACAGUGCUGAAACGAGUAGGCGUGCUCGAUCUUGGCAUAUGACACAGGACUUACUGAGUCAAAUGACAGCAUUGGAUGGAGUGACCACAGACACAGUUAUGUAAGAAUACAUCUCUCCUGUGUACUGGUCCUGACAAUCAACAAUCCUCUGUGAUCAAUGCCACAUAUUUGGACUCCCAGGGAGAAAAGGUUGUCACUCUCCUGUAGGACAACUAGCAGCUCCUCUAUUUUUUAAAGGAAAAGCAGGAAGCAGAAGUUUUGAGUGUGCACCAUGCCUCGGAACCGAGCCUUUUCCGAGCCAGAGUACUCAGCAGAGUAUUCGGCGGACUGCUCGGUAACGCUGCCGUCCGACCCUGGGCAGGCGGUUGGGCAAACGCAUGAGGUCACCGUUCGGAGCUCAGGAUGCUGCCUCUGCCUUCCGCGUUUCAUGCGCCUCACUUUCGCGCCCGAGUCUCUGGAGAACCUCUACCAGACUUACUUUAGACGGCAGAGACACGAAACCCUGCUGGUGCUCGUGGUGUUUGCUGCCCUCUUCGAUAGCUACAUCAUCGUCAUGUGUGCAGUGGUCUACACAACUGACAAGCUAGCUUCUGUUUUAGUGGCAUCAGUGGGACUGGCAGCAGAUAUUAUCCUCUACCUGCUUUGCUGCUUUGGGCUUCUGCCAGACCGCAUCUCGAGACGGGUGGUGCCCUAUGCCCUAUGGGUGCUCAUAGCAGCUCAGAUAUUCUGCUACCUGGGUCUGAACUAUGCUCGCUUCCACCAGGCCAGUGACACGGUUGGAUGGCAGGCUUUUUUCAGCUUCUCCUUUUUCCUCACUCUGCCUUUGAGACUGACACCUAUUGUGCUCAUCACUACUGUAUCCUGCGGGGUCCACACCCUGGUUCUGGGCGUCACUAUAGCCCAGCAGCAGCAGGAGGACAUCCAGGGGGCAGCUCUUGGCAGACAGCUGCUGGCCAACAUAGUGAUCUAUGUUUGUGCCAUCACUGUGGGAGUCAUGUCGUACUACAUGGCUGACCGGAAGCAUCGAAAGGCCUUUCUGGAGGCAAGACAGUCAUUGGAGGUCAAACUCAACCUGGAGGAGCAAAGCCAACAACAGGAGCGUCUGUUACUCUCCAUCCUCCCCAAGCAUAUAGCUGACGAGAUGCUUCAGGACAUGAAGAAGGAGCCCAGUCAGAAAGAGAUGCAGCAGUUCAACACCAUGUACAUGUACAGACAUGAAAAUGUCAGUAUUUUGUUUGCAGACAUCGUGGGCUUCACACAGCUAUCGUCGUCCUGCAGCGCUCAGGAGCUGGUCAAACUGCUCAAUGAGCUCUUUGCUCGCUUUGACAAACUGGCUGCAAAAUAUCACCAGUUGAGGAUUAAGAUCCUGGGAGACUGCUACUACUGUAUCUGUGGGCUGCCGGACUACAGGGACGACCAUGCUGCUUGCUCCAUCAUGAUGGGUCUGGCCAUGGUGGAGGCCAUCUCGUAUGUCCGAGAGAAAACCAAGACGGAUGUUGACAUGCGGGUGGGAGUGCACAGUGGAACAGUCCUGGGGGGAGUGCUGGGUCAGAAACGCUGGCAGUACGAUGUCUGGUCCACAGACGUUACUGUGGCCAACAAAAUGGAAGCUGGCGGUAUACCAGGUCGUGUCCACAUCUCACAGAGCACCAUGGAAUGUCUCCAUGGUGAGUUUGAUGCAGAGCCAGGAAACGGAGGUGAGCGCUGUGACUACCUGAGGGAGAGGGGCAUCGAGACCUACCUGGUGGUGGUUCCCAAAGGACCUGUGGGGAAGAAUGGCAUCAAUGCUGUAAAGCUUUCUGUCACCUCUUCCAAUGGAAACUCCCCGCUGUUGAUCAACACCACAGAGUGUAACGGCAGUGUUAACACAGCCUGCACCACACCGGAGGAACCAGAAGAACUGGAUGCAAGGGUGGUUAAUCCAUCUUUCCCUAACCCUCGGAGGAGGCUGCGGCUGCGGGACCUGGCUGAAAGGGUGAUCGAUGCUCAGGAGAAUGAACAGGAGCUCAACAAACUGCUCAACGAGGCUCUGCUGGAGAGAGAGACAGUCCAGGCUUUGAAGGGGAAACACACCAACAGGCUCUCACUGAGGUUUGUGGAUCCAGACCUGGAGACUCGUUACUCUGUGGAGAAGGAGAAACAGAGCGGAGCUGCCUUCUGCUGCUCCUGUGUGGUCCUCCUCUUCACUGCAGCUAUGGAGGCCCUCAUAGACCCCUGGCUGAUUGCGAACUACAUCACCUUUGCAGUGGGAGAAGUCCUGCUGCUCAUCCUGACAAUCUGCUCUCUGGCCGCCAUCUUCCCCAGAGUCUUUCCCAAGAAGCUGGUGUCUUUCUCCACCUGGAUCGACCACACCCGCUGGGCUCGUAACACCUGGGCCAUGGCCGCCAUCUUCAUUCUCACCAUGGCUGACAUCAUUGACAUGCUGAGUUGUCUGCCUCAAGUUCCAAACUCAGGCAGCGCCACAGUAGCUCCCUCUUCUUCUUCCUCUUCUGCUCCUGAUGGAUGCCUGGAUAACCCCAAAUAUUACAGCUACAUCGCUGUGCUGGCAUUAAUGGCCACCACGAUGCUGGUGCAGGUCAGUCACAUGGUCAAGCUCACACUGAUGCUGCUCAUCACAGUGGCCACCGGCAUCGUUAACAUCUACAGCUGGAAGGACAUCUUCGACCGAUAUGACACGUCCCGCUUCCAAGACUACAGGUCAUAUCUGGUGCCCUCCAAGUUCACAAUGACAAUUAUGAUCUUCAUUAUGAUGGUCAGCUUCUAUUAUUUCUCCCGACAUGUGGAGAAGCUUGCCCGCACCCUGUUCCUGUGGAAGAUUGAGGUCCACGAGCAGAAGGAGAAAGUGUAUGAGAUGAGGCGCUGGAAUGAAGCACUGGUGACCAACAUGCUGCCUGAACAUGUUGCACGACACUUCCUGGGCUCCAAAAAAAGGGAUGAGGAGCUGUACAGCCAGUCCUAUGAUGAGAUUGGAGUCAUGUUUGCCUCAAUUCCUAACUUCUCUGACUUCUACACAGAAGAAAGCAUCAAUAAUGGAGGAAUUGAAUGCCUACGGUUCCUCAAUGAGAUUAUCUCAGACUUUGAUAGUCUGCUGGAUGAGCCUCAGUUCCGCUGCAUCACAAAAAUCAAGACCAUCGGCAGCACCUACAUGGCAGCAUCGGGCGUCACCCCCGACAUCAGCAACGGCUACAGCUGUAUGAAGAAGGAGGAGCAGUCUGACAGGGAGCGUUGGCAGCACCUGGCAGACCUGGCAGAUUUUGCUCUGGCCAUGAAGGUCACACUGAUGAACAUCAACUACCAGUCAUUCAACAACUUCAUGCUACGCAUCGGUCUGAAUAAGGGUGGUGUGUUAGCAGGAGUGAUCGGUGCCCGAAAACCCCACUAUGAUAUCUGGGGCAACACUGUGAACGUGGCCAGCCGCAUGGAGUCCACAGGGGUGAUGGGAAACAUUCAGGUAGUGGAGGACUGCUACAACAUCCUGAAGGAGUACGGCUUUCGCUUUGUGAGGAGAGGGCCCAUCUUUGUGAAGGGGAAAGGGGAACUGCUCACCUACUUUCUGAAGGGAAGAGACAAACAAGGCUCUUUUAUCAACAGCUCCUCUGUCACUCUGCCACACCAGGUGGUGGACAGCUAAGGACCACACACCCACAAACGCUCCCCAGCAAUCACAUCUAGUGUGUGAGGAUUGCAGAGUGACACAGAGGAGAGAGUUUUUUGAAUGAGAAGUCAUUUGCCAAAAACACUCCAGUACCUGGACUAAACUGAAUGUUUACAAGUCAAAAUAAAAUACCACUGACACACCUCAUGCACACCUGUGACAACACAUCACUCAUUACUGAACACACACCUGCCCCACGGUCUGUUGGAAGAUAUAUGUUCCAGUAGAGAUUGUAUUUAAAUGUGAAUGUCAUGUUCAAGUUGAAGAACAUAAUUCAAAUCAUGAAUAAGUGGAUAGAUUAAUGACUUAACAGAAGAGAUUAGAAACUGACAGGAACACCAGACAUCUAGAUUCAGACCCUAUAUAAGAUUAGAGCGUUAAAAAUGAUGAUAGACUGACGACAGUCAAGUCAAGUAACAUCAUGCCACUUGAAGGUAAGGUUUGUAAUAAGGUUUUGGUGUCAUUGGGCAAAAACUAAAAUUAAUUUCUCAGCAUAUUGUGUUUCAAGUGGUCUGGGAGAAAACCAGCUUUUCCAUUAAAAAAAACGGACACACUUCAAUAACAAUGUGCUGAAAAAUAUUAUGGAAUUGUUGCCUAAGUAUGACAAAUAAUAAUGCCUCCCAAAUAUUUAAUAGAUUGGUGGCCACAUUUUUCUUUAUUUAUGGCAGCUGUUCAUAAAACUUAAAAUAUAUGUACUGUCUUGAAAUGUUAUGAAAUUCUUUAAAGAAAUCCUGGAUUUCAUUAGUAAUUGAAGUAAUGAGUAAGCUCAAAUGAUUAGUUUUUUUUUACAUCCUCCAAAAAAUGACAUGAAACUUGUUCAGCAGCAUUCUUCCCCACACUGACAGUGUCUCCUGAAUGAAAACAGUCUCCGUGCUGACUAAUGUUGCAAUUCUGUCAGACCUUUGGAAACACACACACACACACACACUAGCCUCUGCUACAGGUCAAUAAAAGGAGAGAAAUCUGUUUUAGGAGCUAUUUAUCAAACAUGGAAUGUUGUGGUUCCUUUAGUAUGCACCUCAGGCAUUCAGCAAGUAAAGGUGCAACGUGUAGUAUUUGGCCAGAUUUCUAAUUUUAAAAAAUAAAAAUAAAUAACAUUAUCAACAAAGUGGGAAGAAUUGACAGUGUUGACAUUAUGUCAAAGACAUAUGUAUUUUGUUACAGAGAUAUUUUCUGAAAUUAGCAUGCUAACCAGCUAACCCUGUCUUGUCCUGUCAUGUAAUAUCACUUGUGCCUCGAGAGGCGAGAGUAAGUCCCUCUAGCGUCCAGAAUGCCCUCAGAGAGGUGGAAGAAGUAGAUGUAGCUGCACUGUUAGCUGUGCAGCAGUAAACAGCUUUAGUUAACAACUAAAACUAUAAUUACGGCCCAUCCAUGAACUAAGAUUCUGAUCUUAAGAGACUGUUGCAAUGGUUCAGCUGCUUCUCAGUGUAAAGAUUUCUCAUCCAGCAGAGUACAUUGAAAAAAAGUCCAGGAGUCCCAGGCAAUGAUGUGAGAGGAAGCACGAGUGAGACAGGCUGGUCAGGAUCCAGGCUAAGCUAAUAUGGCACCACAGGAAUGAGGUCUUAAACCCGGAAGUAAGGUAGCAUUUUUACGCCAUGAGGUCUAAUCACAUAAUGAGUUUUUUGAACGUGUUUUUGGUUAGAUGCCUGAAAUAAGCUUUGUGGUUAAUACAAGCUUAAGAGAUGUUCACAUUUUGUUGUACGACAUAAAAAACUUUAGUAAAUAACCCCACUUGUGAAUUUUGAAGUUUUUACGUGCCCUUAAAAAGGCAGUUGCUAACAAGUGGCUAAAUGAGACUACAGUGGUACACUGGACAUAGCGGCAACGCUCUAACUAACCCGCCUUACAGCCUCUGGACAUGUUUUUUCAGGGCUCUUGAGAACUCUUGUAGAUUGUAAAUUAUGUUAAAAAAAAUGAUUUUUUUAGGCUACGGAUUUGCUAGCUUGUCAGUACCGCUGGUUAGUUCACCAUAGCAUAACGUUACCUUUUUGCUUUCGUUGGUUGCAUUAACGCUUCAAGCAUAAUAAAAGUAGUGAUAAUUUGAGAAGAUUAUCCUGCUUAACGAAACGUGCAAGUAUCAGAAAUGUGUUUACCACAGAGAUUAUUUUCUGCCAUGAUCCAAAAUCCAAUGUAAAACUCCAAUAGGCGAAUUCUCAAUAGACCCCAUCGAGAUGCUACUUCUGAAUUGGCCUAGAAAAAUACUUAAUUUUGUUUGCUCUCUAUAGCAGCCCAUCGUAAGCCUGCUGUACCAAGCAUCAUUCUUGUCAGUGCCUGCUGUCUUGUCAGCAAGCUGGAUGACACGAGACUGGGCAUUACAAACCACAGCGUGGUUGCUAAGUUAAGGCGAUAUAAGACAGGCUGCACGAAAACAACCAAGACUUUUAGCUUAAGAGCAAGCAGGCCACAUUGUCCCCAAACUUUACUCUGCAUCACCUGUGAGUGCUCUUUUUUUCUGGGCUGAUGCUCUCUGAGUGAGUAAUCUUAUCUGGGAAGAUGCUUCAGGGUCUUGUGCAACAGUAUCUUAAAACAGAAUAUCUGUCUGGGUGCAGGUCUUAAAUUUAGUUUGGAAAGUUCACUGUACAUUUUAAAGACACUGUUGCGUGUCUAACUGUACAGUCUUGACUGGUGUCAUCCCUGCAAUUGAUAAAUCAUGAAUUUCUUGCACACACUGCACCCUAUUUUUGGGGGGCACGUCGUCAGCAGUUACCAACUGGGCCUUUAAGACACCCCAUUAAUUAAAUAAAAUUCCAGUCACAUUUCAUAUAACUGUCGGAAAAUAUUACAUUUUUGUUCUAUUCUUUAUAUUCUAGUGGAAAUUUUGGGGAAGAAAAUGAAAUUCAAUGAUGGAAUUUGUCUCUUCUCAUAGACAUCUCUCAGAUAAGAAACAAAACAUUGAUCACAAUACACAAACACACUACAUAGCUUUUGGAUGUGCAGCCUAAAAUCUGGACCGCAGCCAAUUUACUAAAUACUUCCAUGUAUGGAAGCCUGACAUACUGAUCUGAGGUCUGAUUUCCUGUCUUUGAGGAAGAGGAUUUUGAAGUGGACAAAUGAGAAGUGAUAAUAACAGACUGUUUUGCAACCUGCAACAUGUGUGGUAAUGGUUGUGUACAAUGUGUAUUUUUCCAUAGUCCCCUUGAUUCUGAUUCAGGAAAAGGUCAGGUCCGUCAGUACUGUGCUCUACUUACAGCACACUACAGUACAUGGCCGACCUCUGGACAUUCAUGUGGCUCCCAGCUGUGGGAACAUGGAGGCAGAUAUGUGUACUUGGUGUUUUAGGAGACAGACAAUUGACGGUGUCCACAGGGUAGCAAACCUGGCAGAAAUAUUUUUCACACUGAUUGUGGAUUGUUGGAAGUGCCUAUCACCAUGUUUUCAUGUAUUUUACAAGAUUCUACAAGCAAGGAAAGUUCUUAGAUUUCUUUAUCAGUGAUUUGAAAGGAUAGUUACAAUUUAUUUAAUCUAACUUUGGUCUUUAAUUCUAUCCGCUAUAAUAACACUGUACAAAAAAUAGCUGAGAUCUUGAAACAUGGUGACCAUCACCAAAAUUAGGUCCAUUGGGUUGAGAAGUAUAAGUAGACAGAGAAUCAAUCAGGUCUUCUUUGAAGAGAAAAAGUGAAGUUUUUCCAUUUUUUUUUGUCAUUUCUGUGGCUUACUUUCAGUUUAAAGCAGUGCUCGAAGUGGGCCAGUACUCACUGGUAUGCAGUUCUGGCAAUUUAUAUUAUUUUUUGGCUUAAUGUGACUUUUUUGGGUACCUGCACUAAUCACAAGCUGCCACUAAUCUUUCCUGCCCUCUGUAUACCAGGCUCUCUGGGCUAUUUAUAAUGGCCCUAGAUAAACUGCAGUGUUUCACCUUUAUAGAUUUUGCAGCGUGCCAUGGCUCCCUCAUAAUUUCAUUAAUAUGACGUAGCAGUUGCAUGACUCUGCAGAGCUGUCUGCUCCACUGAGCUCAAAGAAACUGUUGAGGAUAAGCAGCUGGAGCAGUGGUAGGAAGUCACUUACAGAGUCAUGAACACCAAGUAAACAACAGCGCAAGUACAGCAGGGUUGGCAGAAGCCAACUGCCAUAAGGUCACUUCUCCUUUGGGGGAAUUGUAUGGUGAGUGGUGACAGACGUUGUGGUGCUUUCAGGUGCACCACGUUAAUUGCAACUAUAGAACAAUACAUAUUUAAAAGCAAUACAGAAUGCCAGAGAGCCUUACUGCAUUAUAUUCCAUUACCAACCCCAUGUUUAUCUUGUCAUCACUUGCUUUAGUUCAUUUUGAUCAGCAAACCGUGUGUGUGAGUGUGUAAAAGGACAGUACCAGCACUUGUUUCCACUUCAAGCACUGGUUUAAAGGUUCUUUGUAACUUUUUACAUCUCUUUGCCAAAGGGAGAACAGAUUGUAACUUAGCCUAUCUUAAAAGAUAAGUAAAUAUGCUGGUGGACUGAUUCUGUGUAAAUGUCUCUUAACAUUUUUCUUCAAAAUAUAAAAGCUACAGUCUUACCUGUGUAAUGGCAACAGAAAGACUGCUGAUCCAGCAGGGGGUCUGGGUGGUCCAGGACUGCCAACAAUAUGAUGUACCGGUACAAUGCAGAGGUGUAUAACAAACUAAUGCUUUCUACUACCUGAGAGUAAUGAAUGGCAGGGCUAACUGGUUUGCAAUGGCAAGCCAGUGAGUUAAUGGAGCCAAUGGUCCAAAUAAAAAAUAGGUACAUUACAGACUGUAACAUGAUUCUAAAUAUGAUUGUAAUUGAUUUGCUGGUCAAUCACAUUCAGUUUCAUGUAUUUCAUCUCACUGUUUUGGCAGAUGCCAAACCUUUAAUCUCCAAAUCAAAUGGUUUAUAAUCUAUAAACUUAAAGAUGUUUCGCUAACCAAUGGCAUUUUGGAAUAAAUGCAGCCAAACCAUGUAUUGGGAGGAGGUGAGCAAGGCUACAAACAGGUCUUACUAGCCAGUCUGCACACAUGCACGGAGUAAAGCCUGUCACAGUGCUUCUUUUUAAGACACCAAAUUAGACUGCAUUUGGGGAACCUCUGAUAUUACUUUCCCUAGUUUGUAUUUCAGAUGUACAUGGCUUCAACCUGACAACAGUGACAUGAAGGAGAAAAUGAGCACAGCGACCUGACAGGAAGCAGAUUUAGUGUAUUUGUGUUUUGGGGACAAGUAAAGUGUGUACAGCGGUUUCCUCUGCCUGAUUGCAAAGUUAAUCACUGUCUCUGUAGAACAGGAUAAAAGUGCAAUAGUUUAUUUUACAAACCUGACACUCCUCUCCUUAUGAAGGUUAAUUCAAUACUUUCCCUUUAAUUCAUAUUUUAUAAUGUAAUGUACAAGUUUUGUUCUAUUUAAAGAAAGGGAAAGAGAACCGAAUGGGUUGUACUUAAGUGUUCAUACAGUGUUUAUUGAUCAUAUUUAUUUAUUGGUAAUGACAGGGACAUUGUUGUUUUCUAACACAGAUGUGAAAGUGCCAAUAAUAAAGGAAUGGCUUUAAAUUAAACAA